AAAGUUGACAACAUCCGAAUCUUUUGUGCCGAGCAGAAGAGUGGAGUCCGAUCGAAUAGCGGCGUCGCUUCCCUCUUCCCCGGAUCCUCUCAAAAUUCCCUCCCGAACCUCUCCCUUUCUUCCCUUGUCACCCUACCCACCCCCUGAACGCACUUCCAGGGACGGUUCGGAGCACAGUCGGUGACCAAAGACGCAUCAUAUCACUCGUGUUUUGGAUUGCACUGCAGACAUGGAUUCAAGCCUUGUUGAGGGAGGACUUAACGUCACUUUAACCAUCAGACUGCUCAUGCAUGGGAAGGAGGUUGGCAGCAUUAUUGGAAAGAAAGGAGAGUCGGUGAAGAAGAUGAGAGAGGAGAGUGGCGCUCGCAUCAACAUCUCUGAAGGGAACUGUCCAGAGAGGAUCAUCACUCUAGCAGGACCCACCACCUCCAUAUUCAAAGCUUUCUCCAUGAUCAUCGAGAAGCUGGAGGAGGACAUAAGCACGUCGAUGACUAACAGCACGGCCACCAGCAAACCACCCGUCACCAUGCGACUCGUCGUGCCUGCCAGCCAGUGUGGGUCACUCAUAGGAAAAGGCGGCUGCAAAAUCAAGGAAAUCAGAGAGUCAGCGGGAGCUCAGGUACAAGUAGCAGGGGACAUGUUGCCCAACUCCACCGAGCGUGCCAUCACUGUUGCAGGGACUCCACAGUCCAUCAUCGAGUGUGUGAAGCAGAUCUGCGUUGUCAUGCUUGAGUCGCCACCAAAGGGAGUGACCAUCCCAUACAGACCGAAACCCUCAGGCUCUUCUGUCAUCUUUGCAGGGGGUCAGGCUUACGCUGUCCAAGGGCAGCACGCCAUUCCACAGCCUGAUGUAAGUGAAGGGCCCUCUCUCACCAAACUUCACCAGCUGGCCAUGCAGCAGAGUCCUUUCCCUAUUGCACACGGCAACCAUGGCUUCCAGGCUGGAAUGGAUGCCUCUGCACAAACCGGCUCUCAGGAGCUGACCAUUCCAAAUGAUCUCAUUGGCUGCAUCAUUGGCCGCCAAGGCGCCAAGAUCAAUGAGAUCCGUCAGAUGUCAGGGGCUCAGAUCAAGAUCGCCAAUCCUGUCGAGGGAUCGACUGGCAGACAGGUCACCAUCACCGGCUCCCAUGCUAGCAUCAACCUGGCGGAGUACCUGAUCAACGCUCGGCUGUCUUCUGAAGCUACUGGACUGGCUGCCAACUGACAUGGAGACUCCUCAUCCUCACUUAAUAACGUCACCCCCUCCACUAAUUUCUACCAAUAUGACCCUUAAUGCAAAAAUCAGCUAUUAUAUAUUUUGAAGUCACCAGUCUCCCCUGUCUUUGUUAGUCACCUGGGUUGUAAUUACAGCAUUAUCAUGACGUUAGUAUUUGAAUUAUUUAUUGUUUUAAAUAUUCCAAUCUCAUAGUUUUUAAGACUUUCUUCUACUGUAUUUUUUUCUGUUUUGCUGUAUAUCUGUAUGAUCUUGGUAUAGGUAAAAAGUUUUAGAAAAAUCUGAAGACAUGUUUUACUUAUGUCAGAUUUUUCUUAGAAAAUGUAAAAAAAAUGAAGAAAAAAAAAACAUCCAAUAACUUAGAUGGACUGUUCUUUCCCCUCCUCCUGUUUGAAAAUCUAUUUAUUUUUAUUUAAUGCACAGCUGCUUGUAAGAGUAGGAUCCUUGAUAUUAGCCAUUUGAAGCUGUAUUUCCUGAACGGGGUGUUUUUGGCAUGACGGGUUUUAAAUGAGUCGUGGAACCUCUCCAGACAGAAAUGUCAUUUAUUCCUUGUUAGACCAGAGUUCUAACCAACACUAUGUCUCACCUCUGAUUUGCUGUCAUUCCUGUGUUUCCAUUUCUUUGAUUCUUGAUCAGGUCUUUUUGUGUACUGUUGGAUUCUGACGCGGGUGGGUGGGCUUUGGUCACCAGGUGCGGGUCUGAAUGAGAUGAAAAUAUUUUCUGUCCUCUAAAAUUACCACAGUAAUCGCAAUGAUAAUAUUGAAAGGUUUGUUUUAAAUAGAGAAAAUAUUUUUUUUUAACUGCGGGGUCGGGGAAUGCUGGGCAAAAAAAAAAACUACAAGACACAUUGGUCUUUAUGAAUAUAUUAUGCUGAAGUAUUAAAUUAUGAUUAACAAAGAAGGAGAAUUAUAGAAUUAGCACUAGUUUCUUGCUAUCUUUUUUUGCCUGGGUCUCAGAUUUUAUUUUUUAUUCUUUGCAGGAUGAAGAACUCACUUUUUGUGCACGUUUUCAAACUAUUGUAGAUCUUGGUGCAAAUAAAUUGUUGACGAAAUGAAAUGCAGAAUUAAAAAAUGAUGUG